GUUGAUAUUUGUAUACAUGUAUGUAACUACUUAUAUAGGUACAAAUUGAAUUGUGUAUAUACAAUUAUGGUAAUGAAAAAAUUUAGUGAACCAUCUUCUCCAAAUCCAAAUGAUGAAAUUGGUGAUAAUCAUAAUGAUAAUUAUAUAAAUGGCAUAGAAAAUAAUGAAGAUAUCAUAGAUUCAACAGUUAUACCUGUUGGUUAUGCUUUACUAGGUAGUGAAAUUGUACAUAUGGCAGAUGAUAACAUUGAUGAUAAUAAUAAUGAUAGUGAGAUAAAUGAUUUGUCAGAUAGUGAAAAUGAUGAAAUUGAAAAUAACAAUGUAAUCAAUCAGCAUUUAUCAAAUUCUCAAUCAAUUGGAUUUAAUAAUUAUAAUGGUGAUGACAAUAAUAAUAGUGAUCCAGUCAAUUUACAAGUUGAUGUAGACAAUCUUCUGAAUCGACACUUGAGUCGAACUGAAUUUGAACCACGGGGAGCAUUUACAGCCUCCAAUUUGUGUACUAAUACGAUUGAUGAUUCAUCUCAUAUAGAAUUAUGGAAUCAGAACACACCGGCAUCCACAUCUCAAAUUACAAUUACUCCUGUCCCUACAUGCCUGACCUCCGCUGAUCUCAAGUUCUCACAAUAGCUUCAGGAACGUCUUGAAGUCAGUCACAAGUGGAGCAACUCCAACGGAUCUCAACCUGUCAAGAAUAGAACCCGCUAUAGAGUUACACUUAGAUUAUUUGUUUGUUUUUAUUUAUUGGUUCAAUUUUGAAGUCUGUUCGAGAUGAUCGCUACGAAGCUGAUAAAAUUAAAAUGUACAUGUCUAAUUUUCAUUUACCCAUCUCUCAAUAUCCUACAUGGGCUACACAAAUACCAGAAGAAUUAUGGAAAUCGAAACUUUUGGAAAAAAUUCAGCAUAAUUAUAAACCAUAAAAAGGUGUUUGUAUUUUCAAGUUUAUUUUCUCUCUCUCUGUCUACUUUAUUUUUUUCUUUUCGGUUUCUUUAAUAACUUCGAGUUAUUCUCUGAUUAUAUGUUGAUUUGUUAUUAUUGUGAUUAUUUAUUUACGUUUGAAUAAUACAGGCAUUUACAUUUAUUUUUCUUACAUUAA